CUCUUCUUUUUCCCGCUGCAGCCGAACAAAGCCCCUAAGCUGCUGGCAACUUCCUCCCUUGAAAAACCGGUAAAGCUUGAUGAUUUUCCCUUCUUUUCUUGUCCAAGAACCUGAUUUGGAACCCAGAAAUCUUCCCCCCUGCUGGAGAAUCCGGAUCUGCUCUGCUCUUCCUCUUCACCGCCGGCUGCUCCUGCUUUGUGGGGGCAAAUUGCUUUGAUUUUUUGGUAAGAACAGCCCCUAAUUCCUUUGUUCUUUCUUGAAUUGGCUUGGGUUUGCCUUAAUUUCUCUUUGGUUCUCCGAUUUUGGGUAGCCCGUGAGCUUUCUUCUUCCACUGCCGCCGGCUUCUCUUCUUCCCCCUGCUAGGUCCGGUUCUUGCUGGAAAAUUCUGGUUCCUGAUCGUUCUGUCAGUUAGCAUUGAGAUUGAGUGCUCGGUUUAUGCGAGUGAGGAAGUGAAACCGAGGACAGGGAAACCACGGGAAGUGACGAGUUAGAAGGCUAGCCAUAUUGUAAUUGAUAUAGAUUUUAAAUAUAAAUUAUGAUCUUGGGAACGCGCAUUAACCAAGUUUACAACAUUGUUAAGGUCAACCUACGAUAUCAAUUGUCGACCGGUGAGCCAUUUUGCUUUGCAUGUCAAGCAACACAAGUGUAUUACAGUAGUUACCCAUCAGAUAAUCGAGCAACUCAUGGAUGGUUCGCCGCAUGCAAAAUACGUGCUAGACAUUUGAUCGACGCUUCUUCAACCUCACUUGAUAUGGAAGAAAUAUUCCAAGAUGAGGAGUCACCAUCCACACAAUCGAAUGAGCAUAGUUCCAAUUUGGCAUCUACAGAAUGCAUGAAUCUGCAUGCAGAAGGAGCAACAAUGGUUGACUUAAAUGGAGAUGCAAAUGAUGAUGUUGAUGAAAAUCCGAAUGAAGGAAAUGAAGGAUAUGAAACAAGAGGCAAUGUUGGUGACGAUAAUAGAUGUCGGGUGGGCACAUCAAGUAGACAAGGACAUCACAACUCUGUAGAUCUUGCAUGUGGCGUUACCCCAGUAUUGGACGCGGGACAUACUCGGUCUAUUAGUCCACAAGGUUCUAUUCAUGUAGCAGCCUCAUCCCAUAAUGGGAAGCAGAAAGGAAGAGAUACAUUAUCAAUGGGUUUAGAGGAUGAGGAUGCAGUCCGAAAGGCGUUCUUAAGAUCAAUGAAGAAAGGAUGGGGCGGUAAUAUGAAGGAUGAACGGGAUAAGUGGCAUACAAACGAUGAGUAUAGGCCGGUAUGGGUGCCUAAGCACCUAUGGCCUACAUUAUGCGCUUAUUGGGAUUAUGAUGAGUUUCAAAAUCUUAGCGAAAGUGGGAAAAAAAACCAAGCAUCUGGGGAACGAGUUUCAUACAUUAUAGGAUCAGUGAGUUUUGAUGUACAUGAAGAACGGAUGCAUUGUUAUGUUCGUAGCCUUAGAUGGCAAAAUUAGUUCAUACUAAACAUGGUAAAAUCUGAGAUUAAAUUGAUGAACCAAAAUUCCAUAUCCAAACAAGAGAAAAAUAAGUCUAGAAGAGCAAAAACCCAAUUUGUGGAACUCAGAUCUGUAGCCUGAAGUGUUCCCAGCAGUUGCCUCUUUGAUUUCUGUCGUCCCUCGCACAGAAUCCUCACAAGUUCUGCCUCAGAUUCGACUUCAAACUCUCUGCCGGCUGCUUCCCUGUUUUCUCCCGUCCCUCUCACAUGGAAGUCUCCAGCGGCUGCCCCUUUUUAUAUUUAAUAAUGUGCCUCUUCGUGC